UUGCCCACAAUGCUGUGCGGUGUGCAGCCUAACAUGGCGAAUGUUGCUGCUGUUUUUAUCAGGGCCUUGGAUAUAUGAUACCAAAACACAACACGAAGAUGGAAACUGUUUAAUGUCUGUUGGAUUAAGAGGAAUCUGCAAAAAGGGUACUCAGUGGGCUGUGUUGCUCAUUCCUGGUGACACAGAAACAUAGAGGAAUAGAUAAUCACUGAGCAGAGGGAGCUAUGGAUGACAGCUUGAGCCCCAAGAGAGCAGUCAGACCCUCUCGUGGGGAAGCCAGAGGGGGGAAAACUCCAUCCUCCAAACCCAUAAAAGAGGCCUCCCUCCAGAAGGGCCAGGACUGCGCCAAGACCGUCAACAGGAGCGGCGGCCAGGGCAAAGCCCCAGCACACGACGAGCCGCGAGACGCCAGCAAGCAGGGCGGGCAUGGGGCGGGCAGGGCGCCAGGGGCCCACGACCCACCACGUGCUAAGCCUCGCAGGCUGACCGGGAGGACCAGCCCCGGGGAGCGCCCCAAGCCCAGGCCCCCCAGGCCCCACCAGCCACAGGCGGAGGCCCCUGAACCCCUCGAAAGGUCCGACACUGUGGGGGCCAAAGCGGCUCCCCCCCUCAGGAUUGGGAUGGAGAAAACCCGCACGGACCGGCCUCACAACAGCACGGUCGACAGCCAGAGUGCAAAGGCCCCCUCAGACCCAAAGGAGUCCUCUGGUGAGGGCGUAGGAGGGCCCGUGCUGGAGUCCAUGGCUGGGGUGGGGCUAGAGGAGGCUCUGGACGAGCAGGCUCUCACCUCCGAACAGCAGCUGGGCCUGAAGCAGGCGGAAGAGCGGCUCGUCAGGGACUACAUCCACCGGCUCCUUAAGCGCUCUCCAGAGUACCCCAAUUUCCAGUACCUAUGCACUCUGUGCUCGGUGCACAUGGAGAACAUCCAGGGCGCUCACAAACACAUCAAAGAGAAGAGGCACAAGAAGAACAUCAUGGAGAAGCAGGAGGAGAACGACCUGCGCGCACUGCCCUCUCCCUCGCCAGCCCAGCUGCAGGCCGUGGACACGGCGGUAAUGGCGGCCGUCCACCAGCAGGGCAUCUCCGAGGACGACUACCUCCUGCGACAGGACAUCGUCAGCAGGAUGGAGAAGAUCAUCCAGCAGCAGCUCUCUGCCUGUUCUCUGCGGCUGUACGGUUCCUGCUUCACCAAGUUCGCCUUCAAAACCAGCGACGUCAACAUCGACGUGGCUUACCCUUGCAACAUGACUCAACCUGAUGUUUUGAUACAAGUACUGGAAAUCUUGAAACGUAGCUCUCAAUUCACAGAAGUGGAGUCUGAUUUCCACGCCAAAGUUCCAGUUGUGUUCUGUAGGGAUGCCAACAGUGGUCUGGUGUGUAAAGUGAGUGCAGGCAAUGAUGUCGCCUGUCUGACGACGGAUCUCCUGGCAGCACUGGGCAAGAUGGAGCCCAGGCUUAUUCCCCUGGUCUUGGCCUUCCGCUACUGGGCAAAGCUGUGUCACAUUGACUGCCAGGCGGAGGGUGGAAUCCCCUCCUACUCCUUCGCCCUGAUGGUGGUGUUCUUCCUGCAGCAGCGGAAAGAGCCCAUUCUCCCAGUCUACCUGGGAUACUGGAUGGAGGGCUUCGAGGUGAAGCGGGUGGAUGAGUACCACCUGACAGGGGUGGGGCUGGACGGCGCGUUCGUGGGCUGGGAGCACAAGCCGCCUCCGAGCGGGGAGGGCAGGACCGACGGCAAGGCCAAGGCUGAGCCGAAGAAGCCUGUGGGCCGGAAGAACGAGCCUGGGGAGGGGGAGGCCAGGACCGGGAAGGCUACAGAGGGAAUGACGCGGCUGACGAUGCCCGGGGCGGGGCAGGGAGUGUCCCUGGGGCAGCUGUGGCUGGAGCUGCUGCGCUUCUACACGCUGGAGUUCUGCCUGGAGGAGCACAUCAUCAGCAUCCGCCUGCGCCAGCUGCUCUCCCGCGAGGCCAAGAGCUGGCCCCGCCGCAGGCUGGCCAUCGAGGACCCAUUUGCCCUGAAGAGGAACGUGGCGCGCAGUUUGAACAGCCAGAUGGUGUUCGAGUACAUCCAGGAGCGUUUCCGCACUGCCUACAAGUACUUUGCCUGCCCGCAGAGCAAGGACGGGCCUGCUAGGGGGCGACAGAGAGGCAAGAAGGCCACAAGGGCCGCAGCUAAGGCGGAGGGAAAGGCUGAAGGAGGGGCACAGGAUCAGGAGGACACCGACCCGGGCGUUCAGGAGACUGAGGAAGAGGAGGGGAGCGAGGAAGAGGACGAUGGCGAUGACGAUGGGGACUUGAACGAGGAUGAAGAGAGCCCCACCCAGGGGAGUCCCAGGUCACCAGCGACGGACCGCCCCUCCCGCGGCUCCUCCCCUUCCAUUUUGCCUGCCCCUCAGGGCACGGCUGUGGAGAACGGGCUGCUGGGAAGUGAGGAAGAGGAGGAGGAAGAGCGGGCAGUCAGGCGGGAAGUGGUGGAUGUACCGCCUGAGGCUCUGCACUACAUCUUCGACAGAAUGAUCUUCACCGGUGGAAAGCCCCCCACGGUGGUGUGCAGUAUCUGCAAACGGGACGGUCACCUGAAGGACGAGUGUCCCGAAGACUUCAAAAAGAUCGAGCUGAAGCCACUGCCACCCAUGUCCGAACACUUCCGCCAGAUCCUGGACGGACUCUGCCGCCUGUGCUACAAUGAGUUGUGCCCUCUACCAGUGGAGCAGCAGAAGAGAGAGCAGAUUUUAGCCAGUUUGGAAAGGUUCAUCAGAAAAGAGUACAAUGAGAAGGCGAGGCUCUGUCUCUUUGGCUCCUCGAAGAAUGGCUUCGGUUUCCGUGACAGCGAUCUGGACAUCUGCAUGACCCUGGAAGGUCAUGACACGGCAGAGAAACUGAAUUGUAAGGAGAUUAUCGAAGGCCUGGCUAAGGUUCUGAAGAAGCAUACUGGUUUAAGGAAUAUCUUGCCUAUCACAACAGCUAAAGUGCCUAUCGUCAAAUUUGAACACAAACAAAGUGGACUGGAAGGAGAUAUAAGCUUGUACAACACUCUGGCACAGCACAACACCAGAAUGCUGGCUACAUAUGCAGCUAUUGAUCCUCGUGUGCAAUACCUGGGCUACACAAUGAAAGUCUUUGCUAAGCGCUGUGAUAUCGGGGACGCAUCGCGGGGAAGCCUGUCCUCCUACGCCUACAUCCUGAUGGUGCUAUACUUCCUGCAGCAGAGACGCCCCCCGGUCAUCCCCGUACUGCAGGAGAUAUUUGAUGGGAAGACUGUUCCUCAGAAGAUGGUUGACGGCUGGAACGCCUUCUUCUUUGAUGAUAUUGAGGAACUGAAGAGGCGUCUUCCCGAGCUCGGGAGGAACUGCGAGUCGGUGGGCGAGCUGUGGCUGGGCCUGCUGCGCUUCUACACCGAGGAGUUUGACUUCAAGGAGCACGUCAUUAGCAUCCGCCAGCGGAAGCGCCUCACCACCUUCGAGAAGCAGUGGACCUCCAAGUGCAUUGCCAUCGAGGAUCCCUUUGACUUGAACCACAAUCUGGGAGCUGGAGUUUCCCGAAAAAUGACGAAUUUCAUCAUGAAGGCAUUCAUCAACGGGAGAAAGCUGUUUGGAACACCUUUCUACCCUCAGCCUGGACUGGAGGCGGACUACUUCUUCGACUCCAAGGUUCUUACGGAUGGUGAGCUGGCUCCCAAUGACAGGUGCUGCCGGAUCUGCGGGAAGAUCGGGCACUACAUGAAGGACUGCCCCAAGAGACGCAGGAUUAAGAAGAAGGAGAACGAGAAAGAGGAGGAUGUAAAGGAGGAGGAGAGGGAACCGCGGGAGCGCCGCUGUUUCCAGUGCGGGGACCCGGGCCACGUCCGCCGCGACUGCCCAGAGUACCGCCAACUCCGCCAGAAGAGCACUGCAGGCCCAGUCCCUCAGAUGGUGCGCACUAUGGUGAGCUCUCAGUCCAUUCCAGUCCCCCAGACAGGUGUGGGGGUACAGGACCGUCCUGGAAGGAUCAGGCAGUCCUCCGAGUGUUCAGAGAUACGGCAGACUCCGCCCUACUCCCCACAAGCCACGCCCUUCAGCCAGGGCGUGGCCCAGCCCUCCAGCUCUCCCCAGACGACCCAGGUCAAGGCCCCGGGGCCCCACAAGGCCCCGCCCCAGGCUCAGGCUCAGGCCCCAGCACCUGCCCAGGCCCCGCACCCGCACCCCCAGGUCCAACUGCCGCUCUUCAACUUCCCCCACUCGCACCCGGGCCAGUUCCACCCAGGGCUGCCAGCCCUGAGCAUGCACCACCCUGCCCCCCUCACCUCCACCUCCUGGCCGAUCCACGGCCCCGUCAUCCAGACCAGCGGGGCCUCGGGCCCCCACCCCUCCCCACCGGGCCUGGGCUUCCCCAUGGGCUCCGGCCCGGUCAACGGCAACGGCGCCGGCUCCCCCGGCAACCCCAACCCCAUGAGCCUCAAUGAUCCCAGCAUCAUUUUCGCCCAGCCGGCCGGGAGAGACGGGCACUGGCACAACCACCUCGCACCGGGGGCACUGGUGGGGAACGGCACUCCGGGGAAGACAGACCAGGGCUACCAAGGACAGUUUGCAAAAUUGACCCAAGGCCCCAUGUCCUGGGAGCAGGGCAACCCCGCUCCAUUCUCCUUGUCCCCCUCCUGGUCCUACAGAAUGCCCCAAGGCCUCCUGCAGCCGGGCAAUGGGCCCUUCCAGCAGAACAAGGCUUUCAUCUCGCCAGGGUCCAUGGUGCACAAUAAUCAGCAUUUCCCCCUCCUCCCCCACGGACGGCACGUCAAUCUCAACUACAUCCAACAGAAGAAGUGAAACCCCCAUACUUUUUAUUUUAUUUUCCACGUGUUCAAGGUCUCAUCCAAACAAAAAGGAAAUAUAUUUUAACUUCACAUCAUUUGGUCAUACAGACACAAGUUUUUAAAACAAAUGUAUAAUUUUUGUACAGUUUUUACUUUUUGUGUCAUCACAUUGAUUUGUGAUACAAAUGUCAAAUAUUUUAAUGCCCCCAUUUUUGAAGGGGUCCAAAAAGUGUUUUUUUAUUUGUAAAGGAAGGAUAAAAUAUGUAUUCCUUUAUUUUGAUUAGCUGUACUUAUACUUUGCUUGCUGAAGGACAAAGGCUUUGAGUAGAGGUAUGUUUAAAAAAACAUACAACCCUAAUCACAUAAUUAUGUAGUGUUGGAAAAGUCCCUAAAAGAAGAAAAAAAAGAAAAAAAUGUAAAAAGAAAAAAAAUAAAGAAAAAAGCAAACGAACAA